CUUCGUGUUGGUCACUGAUCACGAACCGUUGCAAACCAUUCUUGGUCCAAAGACGGGAAUUCCGAGCAUUGCUGCCGCACGUCUGCAGAGAUGGGCUAUUACCCUUUCCGCCUAUCAGUACCGAUUGGUUUACCGACCGGGUCGACUCAACGUGGAGGCGGACUGCUUGUCACGACUUCCAGUUCCUGGGUUUCAGGAUGAAGACUACGAGGAUGACGUCGCGGCGUUUCUCAGUCUCCGCCUGCAGUCUUUUCCGGUAAGCAGCCAAGAGAUCGCACAAUUUACAGCAAAAGAUAAAGAGCUCUGUCAAGUGGCAAGGUUCCUUGCCGGUGCGUGGCCCGCAAAAGUAGAAGAUUGUCUGAAGCGUUACUCUGCAAGAAGAAGCGAGCUGACGUGGCACCAGAAUUGCCUUUUGUGGGGAAUGAGGGUUGUGAUCCCGAAGGGACUGCGCGAACGCGUACUGGACGAGCUGCAUGAAGGGCAUCCUGGAAUCGUAAGGAUGAAAGAACUGGCACGCAGCUAUGUAUGGUGGCCGGAGGUCGAUGCGGAUAUUGAAUAUCGCGUCAGGUCGUGUGAUACCUGCCAACAGCAGCAGAGUCUUCCAGGUCCAGCCCCGCUGCAUCCGUGGUCCUGGCCAACUCGUCCGUGGCAAAGGCUGCACUUGGAUUUUGCGGGACCUUUCCAGGGCCGUCAUUUUCUGGUGAGCGUCGACUCCCACUCCAAGUGGCCCGAGGUUUUUGUGAUGAACAGCACAUCGGCCGAAGCAACUAUUGAAAAGCUGAGGGAGCUGUUUAGUCAUUUCGGUCUGCCAGAUGUUGUUGUCAGUGACAAUGGCCCCCAAUUUUGUUCCCAAGAAUUUCAGAUUUUCUUGCGAGAGAACGGUGUGAGGCACGUCAGGACCGCCCCCUACCAUCCAUCAAGUAAUGGGCUGGCUGAGCGUUUCAUCCGCACCCUGAAGGAGGCCUUACGAAAAGAGAUGCCGGGCCGGCCUCUGUCCCGUCGACUAGCAAGUUUCUUGUUAGCUUACAGAAACACACCGCACGCCACAACCCUUCAGAGUCCUGCGGAGUUGCUGCUUGGGCGGCGGCUCACUACCCGUCUCGACAGACUGCGACCCUCUGCAGAGGAAACUGUUCACCGCAAGCAGGACGUGCUACAGGUGAAGCACAGUGGCAAACACCGACACUUCGUGCCGGGUGAUAAGGUGUACGUCAAGAACUUCCGGCCGGGUGAGAGGUGGUUGCACGGAGUCGUCAUGGCUAGAUCCGGACCGGUCUCCUACAGGCUUCGUGUGACCACACCGCGGGGGACCUUCGUGUGGCGGCGACACCAAGACCACCUGCGGUUGCGGGAGAGCUCUACCCCAGAGGAGGAGGAAGGUGGUUUGCUGAUACCGAGUGUCCUGCCAUCAUCGCCAACCCCAGGGCAAGGGGAACUCGUGAACGAGCUGCCUCCAGUUGGGUCACCGGUGGUAGAGGGACAAGACAUGGGAUCAACUCCAGUCUCCGGUCGUUCCCCAGCCCAGCCGCAAGAAAUUCAGCGCCGGUAUCCCGAACGGCAACGGCGUGCGCCUAAUAGGUUUUCGCCUUGAGAAGGAAGAGAAA